CUAAACCAAACCAAACCAAACCAAACCAGCCGUAAAACAAAACAAACAAAAUGAGCCGUUUGGUUAUCGGUUUCAAUAUCAUCAAUACCUCCUUUACUAAAUCCUUGUUAUUAUUUCACUCUCAAAUUUUCAAACCAUCUUCUUCUUAUUAUUUCAAUUCCAAUUCUUAUAAUAAUACAAAUUAUAGGUUUUGUAGAAUGGCAUCAUCAUCAUCUCCAUCGCCAUCAUCCGCCAUUGAUUUCUUAUCUCUUUGUCAUCGCCUAAAGUCGACUAAAAGAGCAGGAUGGGUGAAAAGAGAUGUCGCAGGUCCUGAGUCAAUCGCAGACCACAUGUACAGGAUGGGGUUGAUGGCUCUCAUUGCUUCUGAUACUCCUGGAGUCAACCGAGACAAGUGUAUAAAAAUGGCAAUUGUGCAUGAUAUUGCAGAAGCCAUUGUUGGUGACAUCACUCCCUCAGAUGGCGUUCCAAAGGCAGAAAAGAGCCGGCUAGAGAAAGAAGCACUAGAGCAUAUGUGCAAACUUCUUGGUGGAGGGCCACGAGCUGAGGAAAUACAUGAGUUAUGGAUGGAAUAUGAAGAAAAUUCUUCCACUGAAGCUAAGGUUGUCAAGGAUUUCGAUAAGAUUGAGAUGAUACUUCAAGCUCUGGAAUAUGAAAAUGAGCAAGGUAAAGAUUUGGAGGAGUUUUUUGUGUCUACAGCAGGCAAGUUCCAGACUGAUCUUGGGAAAGCCUGGGCUUCAGAGAUAGCAUCUAGAAGGAAAAAACAAGACUGAAAGUCAACCAUGUUCACGAAAAUAGCUGCAAAUUCUGGAGAUUUCGGUUCAAGCUUACUACUUUUGAUUCUUGCUAGUUCUAGCCCUAAAGAAUACCACCCUUCCUUGGUGUGGCCAACUUGUUAGUUGAUGAUCCCAGAGCUUCUUGGUUUACCUAUGCAACUUUAUUGCUUCAAAAUAUCACUUUUUGUUGAACUUUGCUGUUUCAUAUGUUAAUGAACUCAUUCAUUAUAUCUGUAAUGUCCUGUAGUCAGGGCUCAGGACUAAGGACAGGGCUUUUAAAGGGGUUACCAUGAAGUCUACCACUCAUGCCCCAUACCCGGAAUGAUAUUAACAGAGAAUGAUAAUUCCUACA